AUGCGCCGAGAAGGGGUUCUCCUGUCUUUACGUCAACCUCCCGCCUGCAGCAAGCGCCCGCCAGCGCGCGGCGGCCCAAUGUCCGAUGCGGCCAUGCCGCCUGCUCUUGACAGCUCACCGACGGAGACGGAGCUCGAUGCUAUGGGGGAUGCAGUCCGAUAUGAUAUCGACCUUGAUCCCAUGCCAGACUGCACACCCGGACCCCAAGCCAACAUAGACACAUUGCUCGACGAUGUCAACAUGCUGGGCGAUGCUCCGCUGUCUUUCGACUUGCCAAGUUUUGAUUUUAACAACCUGAUGAACUACAUGACUGUCGAUCAAGAAGGCGGCAGGAUGCAAUUAUGGCACACACAAGACGCUCCCAAGGCAACGACUGUCCGCCUCGCGACACCGCCGCCUUUGGACCGAACUCCUUACCAUUCCGCCAGCAUCGAAGGCGGUUCUCGCAUCGGCUUCGUGAUUUCUAGUUUCAAGGAUUUCCCGAUCCUGCUCGCCCGCGAGCGCGAAACACCCUUCCUCCAUCGCCACCUCUACCGCGCCCAGACCCCGCGUGCCAUGCUUACCGCAUACUCGGUCGCGACUGCAUACGCUAACCGUACCGACGCCAACAAGGCCUGGGCCUUCCGCCUGCUCUGUGAGGCUGCCGACGAGCUGGUCGGGCGGCCGGGCCGUAGCCAGCCAAAGGAUGAGGGAGUGCCGCAGGUCCCACAAUUAGAAAUGACAGUACCGGCCCAGUUUCUUACACCCAUGGACAAGCUGGCACGCACUCAAGCGCUUCUCAUCUACCAGCAGGUCCGCAUGUUCGAUGGUGAUAUCAGCCUACGCGCGCAGGCGGAGCACGACAUGGGCAAGCUCGAGGACUGGCUUGGCGAUCUUGAGAGGUAUCGCGAUAACCUCGCUGAGCAGUGGCUGCUCGAGGAGAGCACGCUCCGCGAGAGGCCGCCACGGUCUUGGGAACGAUGGAUAUUUGCCGAGUGCGUGCGCCGGACUAUCAUGCUCGGCGCCGCAUUCAUCGCCAUUGUGAGCAUGUUGAAGACGAUAGGCACGGGCGAGUCGCCCGACCCUAGCCAGUUCGCGGCCGUGCACCGGUGGACGUCGUCCAAGUUUCUAUGGGAGGCCGACUCGCCCCUCACCUUUAUGACGGCGUGGCGCGAGAGGCGGCAAUACAUUGUGCAGAACUUCUUCGUCGAGGAGCUGCCCAAGACGAUGAAGGCCGCCGAGUUGGAUAGCAUGACCAGGCUUCUACUGACGUCGUUCAUCGGUGUCGACGAGAUGGAGCAGUGGAUUAGCACCGGCGGGGUCUUCACCGAGAAUAUAGAUCACACAAGAAUGUGA